AUGUUUUACUUCCAAAUUGAUCAGCACCUAACCACCCAGACCAGUAUAAGGGAAGGAUUGCUCUUGAAGCAAACCAGCUCUUUUCAGAGAUGGAAAAGACGCUAUUUUAAACUUCGGGGCCGAACACUUUAUUAUGCCAAGGAUUCCAAGUCCUUAAUAUUUGAUGAAGUUGACCUGUCAGAUGCCAGUGUUGCUGAAUCGAGCACAAAAAAUGUCAACAACAGCUUCACGAUAAUAACCCCAUUCAGGAGAUUGAUAUUGUGUGCAGAGAAUAGAAAAGAGAUGGAAGAUUGGAUUAGUUCUCUGAAGUCUGUACAGUCCCGAGAACAUUACGAGGCGGCUCAGUUUAACGUGGAACAUUUCUCAGGGAUGCACAAUUGGUAUGCUUGUUCUCACGCAAGACCCACUUUCUGCAACGUGUGCCGCGAGAGCCUCUCUGGAGUUACUUCCCAUGGUUUGUCCUGUGAAGUAUGCAAGUUCAAGGCUCACAAAAGAUGUGCCGUUCGAGCAAUAAAUAAUUGCAAAUGGACAACGUUGACUUCAAUUGGAAAAGAUAUAAUUGAGGAUGAAGAUGGUGUAGCUAUGCCUCAUCAGUGGUUAGAAGGCAAUCUUCCAGUCAGUGCCAAAUGUGCUGUGUGUGACAAAACCUGUGGAAGUGUUCUCCGCCUGCAGGAUUGGAAGUGCCUUUGGUGUAAGACAAUGGUGCACACGGCUUGCAGAGACUCGUAUCCUCACAAGUGUCCGCUCGGCCAGUGUAAAGUAUCAAUUAUUCCUCCCACAGCACUGAACAGCAUAGAUUCUGAUGGUUUCUGGAAAGCCACAUGUCCACCAACUUGCGCUAGUCCUCUCUUGGUUUUUGUGAAUUCAAAGAGCGGAGACAAUCAGGGAGUGAAAUUUCUUCGGCGCUUCAAGCAGUCACUAAAUCCAGCUCAGGUCUUCGAUUUAAUGAAUGGAGGGCCUCAUUUAGGUUUACGAUUAUUUCAGAAGUUUGACAAUUUUCGAAUCCUAGUCUGCGGGGGAGAUGGAAGUGUUGGCUGGGUGUUGUCUGAAAUUGAUAAACUCAACCUACACAAACAGUGUCAUUUGGGAGUGUUACCGCUUGGGACAGGAAAUGACCUUGCCCGUGUCCUUGGCUGGGGAGGAUCAUGUGAUGAUGACACACAGCUUCCUCAAAUUUUAGAAAAAUUAGAACGGGCUAGCACCAAAAUGUUAGACAGAUGGAGCAUCAUGUCAUAUGAAUUGAGAUUCCCAUCAAAGCAAUGCAUUCUUCCAGUUACUCCUGAAGAAGACUCUGAGGAAUGUCAGAUGUCUGUGUAUGAGGAUUCAGUUGCUACACAUCUGACAAAGAUCCUUGAUUCGGAUCAGCACUCAGUUGUUAUAUCAUCUGCCAAGAUCUUGUGUGAAACCGUAAAAGGCUUUGUGGCCAAAAUAGGGAAGACUUGUGAAAGACCAGUGGAAAACGCAGAAGCUGAUGCCAUGGCCGUUAAAUGUUCAGAACUGAAUGAGAAGUUAAGCCAAUUGCUCCAGGCUCUCCACGCUGAAACCCAGGUUAGUCCUAGCCUUCCCCACAUGGCUUCCCCCAUUGUAGAGGAAGAAGCUGACGAGUCAUCGAGUGAAGAAUCUUUGUCUGAUGCCAAAGAACAGUUGACCGAGAGCAACGCAGCUUCUCCCACACAACAGAUGUUCAAGUCACGGGAGCAGUUAAUGCUACGAGCCAAUAGUUUAAAGAAAGCUCUGAGACAGAUAAUUGAGCAAGCAGAAAAAGUUGUGGAUGAACAGAAUGCGCAUAGUGAAGAUCAAAUAAACCAAACCACAAUGGAAUAUAGUAAGGAAUUAGAUGAGUCCAAGGAAGAAAAAGAUGAAGACACAAAAGAAUAUGAAUCUCAUCCACAAGGACAGAGAAGUCGCAUUCCUUCACAUGCCAGUUCUUUUUCAGCCCCAGCCGGUGUUGCCAGCAAGGAGAACCUUCCAGUCCUGAACACGAGAAUAAUAUGCCCAGGUCUAAGGGCGGGCCUUGCUGCCUCUAUUGCAGGAAGUUCUAUUAUCAGCAAAAUGCUACUAGCAAAUAUUGACCCCUACGGCGCCACCCCUUUUAUUGAUCCUGAUCCAGAAUCACUGGAAGGCUAUUCAGAGAAGUGCGUCAUGAACAAUUAUUUUGGGAUUGGAUUAGACGCAAAGAUUUCAUUAGAGUUUAACAAUAAACGAGAAGAGCACCCUGAAAAAUGCAGAAGCAGGACAAAGAACAUGAUGUGGUACGGAGUGCUUGGCACUAAAGAAUUGUUACAACGGACUUACAAAAACUUAGAACAGAAAGUUCAGCUUGAGUGUGAUGGACAAUAUAUCCCUCUUCCAAGUCUUCAAGGCAUAGCUGUUUUGAAUAUCCCAAGCUAUGCUGGUGGGACUAAUUUCUGGGGUGGAACUAAGGAGGAUGACAUAUUUGGGGCACCAUCGUUUGAUGAUAAAAUCUUGGAGGUGGUUGCAGUAUUUGGCAGUAUGCAGAUGGCUGUUUCCCGGGUUAUCAAGCUCCAACACCAUAGAAUAGCCCAGUGCCGGACGGUAAAGAUCACCAUACUUGGAGAUGAAGGAGUACCCGUUCAAGUAGAUGGCGAAGCUUGGAUUCAGCCCCCAGGCAUCAUUAAAAUCGUGCAUAAAAACAGAGCACAGAUGCUAACGCGAGACAGAGCCUUUGAGAGCACGUUAAAAUCCUGGGAGGAUAAACAGAAGUGCGAUUCCUGCAAACCAGCCCUACGGUCGCCUUUGUACCCGCAUCAGGCGGUGGAACUGGCUUCUGAAGAAGAGGCAGUGCAGAUCCAGUCGUGUUCUCAGGCGGCGGAAGAGCUGAUUACAAGAAUCUGUGAAGCUGCAAAAACUCACGGCCUUUUGGAACAAGAGCUGGCUCAUGCGGUGAAUGCCUGUUCUCAUGCUUUAACCAAAGCCAGCCCAAAAGUUCCCGAGAGCCUUGCCAGAAAUACUGCGCUGGAAAUAGCUGCUACUGUGAAGGCGCUACAUGAUGAAACAGAAUCCUUGCUAGUUGGAAGAGUCUCUUUGCAAUUGGAAUCCCCUUACGAGGAGUUGCUGGUGACUGCAGUGCACAAUUUGGAGACUGAACUGAGAAAGUUGGCUGAAAUUCCUUGGCUCCGCUAUAUUCUACAACUGAAUGAUGAUGAGGAUCCUCCUUUGGAAUAUUGUAAAAGAAACAGUAAAAGUACUGUAUUUCGUAUAGUGCCAAAGUUUAAAAAGGAAAAGGUUCAAAAACAGAAGACCAGCGCCCAGCCUGUUCAAAAAUGGGGCACGGAUGAAGUUGCUGCUUGGUUGGACCUGCUCAGUUUGGGAGAGUACAAAGAAACCUUCAUCAGCCACGACAUCCGAGGCUCUGAGCUUUUGCACCUGGAAAGGCGAGACCUUAAGGACUUGGGGAUAACGAAAGUGGGUCAUAUGAAGCGAAUUCUUCAGGGAAUUAAAGAAUUUGGCCGGAGUGCACCGUUACCUGAACUGUAGCUGUCCCAGAUGUUCCGCUGAGGAAACACUACUUAUGCAAAGCUGUAGAAGCACGCGGGUUACUCCACGGGCGAGUAAGCACCAGGAUGUGAGAAGAGGGUUGCUCUGAUCAGGGCAUUGUUUGACGAAAGAGCCGGAUGUGGGAGCCCAAAAGGUUUUGUGUGUCUAAACAGGCUGUGAAAUAUAUUGUGAGAAGUAGUUAAAAGUGUCUACAUUACAGUAAAAAUGUUUCCUGGGUAGCUUAUGCAUCGUUGGGAAGAUGGUAAUCAACACAGUUUCUUUCUGUACCUAUCCAGGUCCUUUCAAUGCAACUGCAAAUUGCUUAUGAAAUGAGAUCGUUAUGUUUGACAUAUCCCUGAGGCCUAACCUUACCUAGAGCCUCCAGCAUAAGUGUCUCGUAGACUUGAUUCCAUCUGGGCAUUUCGGUGACGUUGAUACCUCAACUACCACUUUCUCUUUUUCCCUUUCGUUGGGCGAAAAUAAUGCUGGAGUUGUGCCGAAUGCCAUGAACGGAAACGCCUGGCAUCUUGGCCCAAACUGCCUCUCUGUUGCAUGACACUUCAUACACUUGAACAACUUUUAUAUCUGUUUUAAUAAGGUAUAAUUUAUUACUGCUUUGGGUUAAGGACUUUUUCUGAUAUCAUUACGUUAUAUAAACAUGCUCUGUGUGGUGGACAUUGUUGCUAUAAUCUAGCCAUGAAAACUCCUAUACUCUGGCUUCAGGUAAUUUCAGAGUAUUUCUAAAAUGCUAGUACAUGGCAGAUUUACGAACUGGUUCCCAAGAGAGAAUGAUUUGAACAUUUCCUUACUAUUGAUAAAAUAUGCAAUGCUUACUAUCUUUCUUAAAGCAACUGCAGGUUUACCUCGAAUGUCUGAACUUCAAAAAGUGGCCAUGUUGUGGCUGAUUGACCAAAACUGCAUCACAUUUGGUGAAUAUCAGGACUUAAUUAUGCAAUUUUAACAAAGUCUCUAAAGAUUCCAGAGCCCUGUCUUUUAUGUAUGCAUUAAGCAAAGUAUUUUUUUUCAGUUCAGAAAUUGAUUAGCCUUAUUAGAAACGUUGUCAUCAAAUCAUUUGUUAAUAUGGACUGGAAAAUUUGGUUGAUCAGGGUUGAAAAAGAAAUUCCUUUUCUAAAAACACAGCAUGAGUUUCAGAGCCAGGAAACCUCUGAUUUGAGAUAUUGCUGAACCCAGGGGCAUCAGCAGGGGGAUUCAAAAAUGUCAAGGUAUCUCAAUUGUGUAGUUAUGGACUUACCUUCCAUGGACACUCCUCGCUGAACUAUAUCCCCCACUAUUGAUCUUUCUGGCUCUUAAGCUCCUUUGACUUGCAGGAGAACCUAAACAAUUAAAAGCUAACCAGAAAGCAGAGAGUUUGUCUGAAUCAGGACUUUUGAUUUUCAUUUCUCUAAAAAGUCAGAACCGAAAGUCAGAUCAAUAAUUUGUUUCCAGUUUGGGUUUGUUUAAGGAUCCAAAAUCCUGGUUCAGACGUAAGACUAAGCUUUUGUCCUCUGUGUUAGCUUUGAUUAGUGGGAAGAGCCCAGCAGGAAUGGUUGGCAUAGGGGUGUCUGUGGGUCAUAAUCAAAUCCCUGCCCUCUCCUUUCUUUGCACUGCACAUGUGAUGUAUACAAAAAAGGAAGAGGUGACGGCCAUUGACUUGACUUUUUGACACCCCCUUCAUCCCCUGUGGACACCAUGAACUGACACAGACCUCAUGGCCAAUAAAUGAGGAUUUUCCAGAAUUCUGAUAAGUGUCCAGCUUUGUUUUUCUUGAUUGGCAGUGAGCAAUGGGAGGAGGAAAUAUGUCUUGGGAAAUGCUGCACAUUUCCAAUUAACAAGACGCAUCACAGUGUCAGAAGGAACCCUAAUCAGAUCAAGUAGCAAUGAUUUCUCUUCAAGUUGAAGACAUUUUAAUUGGUAGUAUUUCAUCAACCAAGGCAGAUGGGGUUUUUAACACAUACAAGUGAAGAUUUCAGUUUGUGCUUCAGUACUAAGUGUGGGCAGACAUACCUUUUGUUACCUGUGUUGUACUUUUACAAUGCAGCACGAACCCCUUCCAUCUGGCGAUUUACCUUCUGUAUCUGUAGGAUGCAAAGCGAAUCUCCGAGAUGCAAAGCAGACAUUAGCAGUUUUCUGGUUUUGAUGUGAUAAAGAUAAUGAUGUUCAUUAAUAUUGAUAUAUAUUACAAUGAAUAUAUUAAUUAACAUAUUAAUCAGUGUGUUAAUUAAUGUUAAUAUGUAUCACAAGCCAGUAUUUUGUGAAAGGAAUUUGUUUCAUUUUCCCAGGACAAAAGUUUGUUUCUCUCAAACUUUUUCUUACGUGUUCACAAAGGCUAAAUUUGGGUUCAGAGAUUAAAUGUGAAGUGUAACAGAGACGAACGUGAAAAAUAGAGUCUAAUUAACAAACAUUUGUAACUACAGCAUUGCUAUUUCAAAAUACUUCCACUGCUUUAUCUUAUUUUAGAAGAGAUGCCCAGCUGUACCUUGUUAAAAUAUUCCCCGUUUCUUAAAAAUAUCCAUUGUUUUCAGCAGGAGGGUAAAACUGUAAAAGUAGAUUUCUAAUGCAGAAAAUCCUCUUGACUUUUUGUAGUGCUUUACCACAGUGUACACACAAACUGUUAUAUAAAAGGGAUGUUGUGACAAUCUAUGUCCCCACAAUAGGAUGUGCCUGUAGACAGCCAUUUUCAAUACUAAUAUUACUGAAACCCACAGAAAUUGAGGGUAGAAUAGUCUUACAAAGCUUGAAUGCCACCAAAGAUAGCAACAUCUGCUCAAGAAGAUGAAUUCAGUCAAUAUUAAAGGUUUACCUUGGCAUAGAUUUAAGAUGACUUAGUGUUUAUGUGCAAACAUUUCGUGCGCAACUGUGUGCAGAGCAAAGCAAGGCAACAGAGAUUGGUUUGAAAAGCAAAAUGCUUGUCAACUGACCUCACUUACUGAAACAGCAGUGGAAAGUUUACAUAUUUUCUCAGCAUUUGCAUCAAAAUUUGCCCCAGAUUGCAUUGUUACUUAUUUUGAUAUUCUGCCAUAUCUAUCACAUUCCUGGCUUACAAAGCUGCAAAUACCACUUUCCUGUGCACAAUACUCUUUUCAAAAAAAGUCCUUGUGGGUAGAAAGGAAAUACAGAAAGCUGCGUUGCACAGAAAGGGAGCCUAUAAUUAUUUUUAAUUUAACCAUGAUUCCUUGCUCUGUGCUUUUCCCUUUCAGAAUAUUAAAAUGCUGUUCUAGGGAAGGGAACAAUGCAUUAGCUAGAGUAUCCUGAAUGCAGAAAAUUAGACAUUUUUUUAAAAUCACCCAUUUUUUAAAUGCAUUAAAUCCUUGAAAUAGAAUCCCCCUGCUGGUUCCUCAUGAUUUAAUUAAGCAGUGUCCUACAUUUUUGCAAAAGGUUACCUUUUCUUUCUUCUGUGCUUUCACUCAAUUUUUUUUUUCAGUCUGGAAAACAGAAGCAAAGCCCUUUCAGGAAAACUGUACUAAGUCAGCAUAGGUAUUAUGCAAUUUCCCGAAUGCAGAGCUAACCGUUAUUUGAUUAAUAUAGUCUUAACCUGCUUUUGUGAAGGUAGCAGGGGGAUCUGCAUGAUGGAUCAAAAAAGUUGAGAUAGUGACCACAGUCACGGACUCCAAGCUUUGAGUGCGUGGUUGUGGUCGCCACCUUGAAGUUUUUUGACACCCGCUCCCUGUGGAUACAUCUGGAAGGGAGGGUCCCAGUUUAAUAUUUCAUGCGACACUUCAGUGUUAAGAAGUGAAAAGCUAAGUGAAAAAAUGCCAACUUUUUUUUUUUUUUUAAGUAUGUUGAGAACAAGAAUUUGAACAUGAAUGUUGUGUGUAGUUGCCAUGUUACGCAAGGCUAAAAGGGGCUAAUUGGUGUUGAUUUUAGUUCUUAGGAUUUAUGGUUGCACUAUUAAGAUUUGCCACUUUUCAAGUUUAACCCUGUGGUAACUUUACAUAGCCAAAACAUGUUUGGAUAAAGUUUAGGUUUAAGCUUCCCUGUAACAUCACAAGCAAGACCCCCUUUCGCAAAAUAUUGGAGAAUUAUGGUCUAAUUGUAAUUUGGCUUCUGUUAACAGCCCGCUAGACACAUAAGUCCCAUUGAGUUCAGUGGAAGAGAAUUAAUCACAUGCUCAAAUUAAGCAUCUGUAAUGUAUUUGUUCCAGGGUAAUGUGUGCUAAUAUAAAGACAGGGUAUGAUAAUGAUAAAUAUUUCAGGGUGGGGCCACAAUCAAGUGCAGUAGAUACUGCACAUUUAGUUUUUGGUUUUGUUGGUGUAAGAAUCUGUACAAUAGUUGAGUGAAUGUUCCAUUAUCAUUGGAAAAUGAUACACAAUCCUCUAUCUCAAAUCCUGGUUCCAGCAUCCUGAAGUGAGCUUUAGUUCUAAAGGUUGGGUUGGGCUUGAUCCGGUCACUCUGAAUUAAGGGGCUUCAGUCAGUAGGGGUAGGGUUAUCCCACUGCUGGUGAAAACUUCUCUUCUUUGUGAAUGGAGGCUGUUCAUGUUUAUCUUUAACUGAGAUAAAUUCCUGACAAAAUACCCUUAACACUGUGAAAUGUGAAAGUAAGUCUGGUGGCCAGCCAUAAAAGAAAUAAUAAAGGGUAAGCAAUUUGAGAAAUCACAGAAUCAGUAAUAGUUUGAAUUAGAAGUAAGAAAUGUUGGUACUGUGGUGAUGGUAGGGGAAAGUACUGAAAAGUCAUCACGUGUCAGGCCCAAUCUAAGAACAACAGGGAAGCAGUUCAUCCAAAUUCAGUUCUUUAAUUGAGUACACCAUAUAGACAGGAUCUUGCCAGACUAAAUCUGUA